AUGUGGAGGAAAUUUUUGGUAGCAGAUGGGCUGGAUAUUGACGCCGUCCUUUAUGAGGAUGGGCUAUAUGCAGAAAAUGAGAUACCAUCUCAUUUUCUGAACAAGUCCACCGGCAGUCUGAGUAUUGAUGGAUUGAUCUCGGACGCCAUCAAGAGCGAAUUAGCCGACGAUGACUUCCUUCGCAGAGCUGUUCUUGUGGCCCUUGGUACAGUUCUUGCACCAAAGUCCAGCACAACAGUUCCGUUGGAGUAUUGGGCAAUUGUUAAGUACGUGUCACGUUUGAAGAAAUUGAACUUCAAUGGUUUCACACGUGCUUUUUUAAUUAACAAUAUAAAGAAACUGGGAAGUGAACAUGAGAUUGUGCAAUGGCCCCGCGGCAACCUAGCCCUGCUUCAGUAUAUUUACUAUGAAAAAGUGCACCCAACUGGUUCACAAUUGACGUCAUCAAGGCCGUUGAUGAGGAACUGGACAGAAGAAGAGGCGAAAAAGAGAGACAACAUGGAAUACAAAGAUGGACGAGGAACAGGCUUGAUUGACGACGACAUAACUGCUAAGCACAGAAGGGAGGUGAUCCACACACCUGACAUUCCUCCAAGAUCAAAGAGGAAGCAAAGUAAAAGAGCUAAAGCUGCAGGUUCUGGCAUGAAAACGCCAGGUUCAGUGGAUGAUUCAAGAAUGGAGGUCAUGGUUGAGCAGAUUCUGAUUAAACUGACCAAUCACAUAGACACAUCAAUAAGCAAACAUGUGGACAAAAUUGCAGACCUAUCUGCUCAGAAAGUUCUAAAAACGCUUAACGCGAAAGGAGUUGCGUACAGGGCAGGUAAGGCUGACAUGUUUGAUGACGAAGAUCAGGAGGAGGAAGACAAAAAAGGAGUGACCUCCACACCUAGCCAUGGCGGCCUUCCGCCUAAAGAUUUCAUGGACUUUGACGACAUCAAGUCAGACGGCACUGCAUCAUUUUUGAAUUCAGUUAAGGGUCAACAUGACGAUGAAUUGGAAGAUGCAAGUAAGAAGAGUGAGCCGAUGGAUGAUUCGAACUUCGUGACACCCACCGACAAGAAGAAGACUGCUAAUGCUGGGUACACGACACCAGCGCCUAAGCACGGAGACACCCCUGAAGUACCCAUAAUCAUCGACGACAAGGCUACACCUGAAUCGUCCUGCUCGGCACCUAUUGAUUUAACUCUUCCAGAUGCAUCAGAAGAAUUUGAUGGCUUGAACACGAUCUGCUGGAAAGCGAUAGAAAGUGGGAAGAAGGAGGAGAAAAAAGAUGAUGUAUGUGGGAAGAAGGAGGAGAAAAAAGAUGAUGUCAUUGAGUGUUAUUUGGGUGAUCUGAGAUUAAAAUUGAAGGAUAGGAUAAUAUGCCCUGCAUGGAGGGCAAAUUCUAUAGUCGAAAAUCGACCGAAAAGGCAGCGAUGGAAAAAGAGAAACCUUGACGCGACGGAUAUUUCAGAAAUGUCAGGUUGCUACGAAAGAUGCGAGGUGGAAUAUUUUGGCACUAACAAGGCUUAUUUCUCGGUUAACAUUGCCAAAUGCCACUGGGUCACCGUCGUCAUGCACAGUUUCAGGAACUCAUGUGGAUUGUUCCCGUUAGCAUGUAUGGAGCACUGGGAUGGAGAUGAACUAACGGCCAAAUUUUCGUUGGAAACGAUAAACAAGGACAGGAAUAUGACUGCCGCCAAAAUUAUAAUGGCAGAAUCAAACCUGCUCGAGAAGGCGAAGAAGGAUGUCCUUGACAUCGCGGCGAAAGCACGUGCGUAA